AUAAGCACGCAUUUUAAAAUAAUUUUUCUCAUUGUUGUGAUUUUAAUUGGUAAUUAUGAAAAUAUUAUUACGAUCGGGUAUUGCAAGAGCUUUCGGAGUCAGAAAUCUAAGUUCUAAUCCAAAAUUUGGUUUAAUAUUCGACAUAGACGGAGUUAUAGUACGAGGAAAAAAUGUAUUACCACCGGUUGCUGAAGCGUUUAAAAAACUUCGAGGAGAUGAUAAUAAAUUUCGCGUACCUACUGUAUUUGUCACAAAUAGUGGAAAUUCAUUGCGCAGUCAAAAAGCAGCCGAUUUGUCCAAAUGGAUUGGAUUUGAAAUAUCCGAGUCACAAGUUAUCCUAGCUCAUUCUCCAUUGCAAAUGUUUAACAAACUUCAUGACAAGCAAGUUCUUAUAUCGGGACAAGGACCGGUCAGAGAAAUAGCCAAAGAAUUAGGUUUCAAAAAUACAACCACGAUCGAUGAAUUAGUUAAAAAUUUUCCAAGUUUGGAUUACAUAAAUGUAUUGAAAAGAAAUCCGCAGAGCGGACCCGUAGAUCCAAAUUUUCCAAGAAUAGAAGGUAUCGUGUUAUUCAGUGAACCAAUAUCUUGGGAAACUCCAUUACAAUUAAUAGUGGAUCUUUUAAUGACCAAUGGAAUGCCCAGUAAAUUGCCAACAGACAUUCCAUAUCCACACAUUCCAGUAUUGGCAUGUAAUAUGGAUUUAUUAUGGGUAUCUGAAGCACCAAUUCCUAGGUACGGCCAUGGUGCUUUUCUAUUGUGUCUCGAACAACUGUACAAAAAAGUAACGGGUAAAGAAUUAUUGUAUACUGCAUUAGUUGGUAAACCUAAUGAAAUAACAUAUUAUCACGCGAGUAAUAUGUUACUGGAACAUGCUAAAAGCAUUGGAAUAGAACACAAUGUUGAUACUAUUUAUGCUAUUGGAGAUAACAUUAAUACAGACAUUUUUGGUGCAAAUCUUUACGACAAGUAUUUAUCACGUUACGAAGCUGGCGGUGGUACUAAAUCACGUAGUUUAGAAAAAUUGUUAGGUAAAACUAUGAAAGGGCCUACUGCAAAAGCGUGUAUCAGUAUUUUAGUUGAAACUGGUGUACAUCAACGAGAUUCCCAAUUUAUUAACGAACACAGUCCUAGAGAUUUUUUACCAAUAGAGGAUGGUCUAUGUAAACCAGCUUUCAUUGUUGAUCACGUUGGUAAUGCGAUUGAUUUGGUAUUUAAAGAAGAAAAAUUCAAUUGAAAUUAUUUAUCUCGUUAUAUCUAAUCUUCCAAUUAAAAGAUGUGAUGAUACCGAAUCGAUACAAAAUGUAUUGGUGAUCUUAAGUAAAGCAUUAGUUAAUAAUUAGAUAAUACAAGCCCUUUUAACAAAGGCAAUGUUCCAAAGCAAUGUAAACUUGUUAAGAGAAAAAGGCUAAAAGGGUACGUAGGUUCAAUAUUUAGUAUGAUUUUUUUAAAAACGAUUUUUAAUAAUUCUUGACACUUGUUGUACCCUAUUUAUUAUAAUCUCUCAUGCGAAAAGUCAAAAAAUAAUAAUAAUAAUAAUUAUAUUCAUUUAAACUCGAUCACAUUAUAUAUAAAAUCAAUACAUUUAUAAACGGAAAUUCAUUUAUAUUACAAGAUCUUAUAUAAUUUCACUUCAUAAAGAAUAUAAUAUUAUGCAGAAAAAAG